CACCGUUCCUAGACGCUAGGGAGCUGGGGAGAACGUGGAAGAGGACUUUCUGAGCAGCCCUCUAAACCCCCGAACAACGGCCUAGUCCUUUAACAACACCCAACAAUAGCACCGAUCUCACAACCACUGUGAUCCGGUUCUCUGAUGCUACCGAAGAAAGCGGGAGGAGAGUGGUCCAAACCUUGCUGCUGAUUCUGUGCUGACCCAAAAGACAAGCUCAUGUUACAGUCAAAACGGUGCGCCUUCGAACGGCAAGUUUCUUCUGCCAGGCUCGGGGCCGGACGCCUGCGCAAACUGUAGGUCCGAGCUAUGGCGACUGAACAUCCCCCAGCAGAGGGAGCGCAGCAGUCGGCCCUCUGCUCUGCCACCCAGCGGGCAGGAGAACCGCAGAAACCCAACUAUGCCCUCAGACUUACUCUUGAGGGGCACUCGGCGGCCAUAUCAUCAGUUAAGUUUAGUCCUAACGGAGAAUGGCUAGCAAGUUCUGCCGCUGAUACACUAAUUAUAAUUUGGGGGGCAUAUGAUGGGAAAUGUAAGAAAACACUCCGUGGUCAUAAUCUGGAAAUAUCAGAUGUUGCCUGGUCUUCGGAUUCUAGCCGUCUCGUUUCCGCCUCAGACGACAAGACUCUAAAGUUAUGGGAUGUGAGAUCUGGAAGAUGUUUGAGAACACUAAAGGGGCACAGUGAUUUCGUCUUCUGCUGUAAUUUCAACCCACCAUCCAACCUCAUCGUUUCGGGGUCCUUCGAUGAGAGUGUGAAAGUAUGGGAGGUGGAAACAGGAAAGUGCCUCAAGACCUUGUCUGCUCAUUCGGACCCCAUCUCUGCCGUACAUUUUAAUUGCAGUGGGUCCUUGAUAGUGUCGGGGAGCUACGAUGGUCUUUGUAGAAUCUGGGAUGGGGAGUGUUUAAAAACACUCGCUGAUGAUGGCAACCCUCCCGUGUCUUUUGUAAAAUUUUCUCCAAAUGGCAAAUACAUUCUCACUGCAACUUUGGACAAUACUCUUAAACUGUGGGAUUACAGCAGAGGCAGAUGCCUGAAGACAUACACUGGCCAUGAGAAUGAGAAAUACUGCGUAUUUGCCAGUUUCUCUGUGACUGGUGGAAAGUGGGUUGUGUCUGGCUCCGAGGACAACAUGGUUUACAUCUGGAACCUUCAGACUAAAGAGAUUGCACAGAAGCUACAAGGUCACACAGAUGUUGUGAUCUCGGCAGCUUGUCACCCUACAGAAAACAUCAUUGCAUCAGCGGCGUUGGAAAACGACAAAACCAUCAAAGUGUGGACGAGUGACUUCUGAAGUCGCUGGCAACCACCGAUGAGUAAACUAAGUCAGAAACAAUCGAAACGGUGACUUCUCUGAAGUUUGGCGUGGUUUUGUAGCUCUUGUCGAAUUGUCUUUGAUGUUAUGAGUUUGAGACAUUUUAAUUUGCGAAAUGAGACCGGUGUAAAAGCCAGUCUAGGACCUGCGGCUUCUGAUCUUAAUUUUGAGGCCUGUUGUCAAUCUCAUGUCUUGGUCCCUGAACAGCAUCGUUCUUUUCCUUUCAUAGCUUUCUCAGGGGGAGGGGAUUUGGGGUAUUCAGAAGGUUGACAGAACAGGAUGGCUGAGGGGAGGGGAAUUUACAGUUUUUGUUUGGGAGGCCACUAAGGACGAUGGCAGGCGUUGAGGGAGGGAAUGAGAGGACUGAAGUUCUACAUGUCACGUGCAUAUUUUUGGUGCAUAUUCUACAUGAUGGAUCAUCUUAUUGCCACACAAUCUGUCAGGCUGGGGACAGUAAGUCUGGUCAGGUUCAGUCUACAAGUCUUACACUUCUGCCUGUGUUGUGGUCAGAGAACAACCCUCAGGAGUUAGGCCUCUCCUUAUGCUGCGCGCUCCACAUAGCAAACUCAGGCCAGGCUUUCUCAACAGGGCCAGAAUCUUAAAUCAUUUUUGAGAAAGGAUCUUGCUCCGUAGCCCUGUAGGCCUGGUUGGCUGGAAAACCAGACUGGUCUCAAGCUCAGAGAUCCGCUUGCCUCGGCCUCCUUAGAACUUUAAACAUUUAAUGGGAAAAUCUUCUUAAAUAUUUUAUUAGAUUAUGCCAUUUUGUGACUUUUCAGGCAAAUUAUAUGUCAGGUUGUGGCUGUUAAGUUGGGAGCAUAGCCCCAGCCCCUGGCCGGGGAGUUGCUUUGGUCUGGACUCCAAAUCCCAAGCAUGUCAGGUCCUGACACACACACCCCCAGGGAGGGGUCAGGACCACUCCCACAAAACAUUUAAGUGGCCUCCUAGAGAAGAAAUAUGUGGUUUUCGGGUCUGCAUGGGCUCCCUGCUGUCCUGUCUCCCUGUCAUGCGCUCGGCCAUCUGAGAGCAUCAUUCUUAAUAAAAUUAUGGGCAUUUUGAUUUGGUUUGAUUCGACCUAAUUGGAUUUCUUGCGCCAGCGGAGCUGCUCUUUUUCUUAUCAGUGGCCACUCUUUAGCACUGGGCCUCCUCAUUCCUGCCCAACAUCAUUCAAUUCAGAAAUCACCUUAUCAAUACUGUGGUUGCUUGUCUGCCCUCAGUGGACAGCUGAGGCAGGCUUUCCAACUUCUCAGUGCUUCUUAUAAAGCUCCGAGUUCACUUACCACCUUGCAGUUGUGAUGGCGUCAUGGGCCGUGUAUUUAGUAGACAGGAAGUACUAAGAUCAGGCUUUAUGUCUUGUCUUUGUAGCCUUGGCUUUUUCUAGAGGACUUGAUAUUUACUGGACAAUGAAUGAUGCCACAACUUCAUUCCUUACUUGCUGUCAAUAAACUUCAGUGAUAAUUCUUCAAACUGUAAUAUUUUAGAAAUAUUUUGCCCCACAUACUAUCCAAAAGGCAGCUAUGCUAAUCUCCAUACCACCAACACUUCAGACCCAUAUACUAACUGAAUCCACAUGGGGCUUCUAUAGAAAAUAUAGAAAAACACACAGAUGAAAACCCUGAGAUUAAGAAAUAAUACUACAGUACUAUCACUGAAAGCAACGUGGGCAGGAUCUUAUCUUUUUGACAAGUUCUGAGAAAUAUAUUUCAUAUAUUUCAAAUAUAUAUUUGAAUAUAUAUCUUAAGUAUAUUCUCAUACAUACUUAUAGGGGGUAUGACA